UUCUACUGCUGCACAAUGAGUCGUAGCGGAUUAAGACGCCAGCCCUUGCACGGGGCAGACGCCACACGGCGAGAGACGCGGCCCGAGGGGCGGUUCGGCUCGGGCGACACCUCACCUGCCCCCGUGCGCCGCCGAGCCAACAUGGGCGGUAGAACAUCACAAGGUAAGCCGGGCGGUAUCGAUGGUUUCUCCGAAGACUCCGAGGAGCUGGACAUCUCACAAGAUUCCCAGCUAAGCGACUUUAGUGGGGAAGACUCGGCCGGACCGUCGCCCGUCGCGUCCCGCACCCGAAGUAAAGACUCUGUCGAGCGGGACUUGGUGCGGAAACGUGUCGCCAAAGCACGGGCGAAUAGGGAGAACAUAGAGCAUGUCACACAAAGUAAAGCUCCACCUUUACCGUCACGGACUUCUCCGCCUCGCCCGCCUCAAAGGGCAAACGUUGACGGCACACCGUCGCCAAGCAAUGAUGCAAAACACCUCGUUGUCUUGUUCAUGUUCGUUAUAGUGUUAGUGAUCACUACUUUUACGCUGAUUUGGAAGGAUCCAUCUCAUGAUCAAGCGCAGGGACCGCCGGCCAUCCAAACUCCAGACCUAUACAAGGAGCACGUGAAAAAGUUGAAGACCAUGUUUCCCAAUCAGAGUCAACGCACAUGGACGGUUGUUGGUGCGAUGGGUCGAGCCCUUCUGUACCCCCCCUCCAUCAUUACCCAGCCUGCCGUGCUGCUGGUUACGUCAGCGCCGGGAACACACGACACCGCGAGGUGUGUCGCCAGCCACGUCGCUCAGGGAUUCGAUAAGAAACCUACGAUCAUACAUGGUGAUAAGCUAAGAGAUCUGGAUGCAGAUGAAGCUAAGAAACAUCUAGACGAGGUUCUCCAUGCAGGGUUCAGUCAGGGAGGGAAGGCAGCUGUGGUGUACAGUCUACAGGAUAUUCCUCUACAGGCCAACCUUAUCUUUCACUCCUACUGUGACAACACCAACGCCCCCUACAAGGAAACAGCCAUCAUCCUGGUACUGCAGCUGGAGGAGCCCAUCCACAUGGACCGGUCCAACUCAGAGAUAGAGGGGGAGGCCAUGGACAGGCUGCAGAGCCACUUGGAGAGGGACGGGGUUUUAGAUAUAGACAAGGUCGGAGCUCUGAUGAGCAGAAUGGCGGGGUUUGUGCUUGUAGUGGACAAAAGGGACAAUUUGCCAGCAAGCUGUGCUUAGAAUAAAACAAAGGCUGUAUA